AUGGAUGAUGGAAUGUUGGCUAGGAGGUCUUUAGCAAUUGGCUUUACACGACCCAUCUCGGCUGUAAGAACAAGACGUCGGCGACGCUUUCUUUGGGAUGGUGGAAUGAGGUAUGAAGCCGAGGUCGACGGUUGUUCUGCUGGAUCAGAGGUUGAUCCUUGGUCUGUUCGGGAUGUUGAUGCAGCUGGAAGAGAUGGUGAUGCUCAUUCCGAUUGGGUCAGUUGUGUUCGAUUUAGCCCUAAUAAUCUUCAACCUACGAUUGUGUCUUUGUCUUGGGAUCGGACUGUGAAGAUUUGGAAGUUGACCAAUUGUAAGAUUAGGGCUUCGCUUGCUGGGCAUUUUGGGUGGGCGUCCUCCACCGGAAGAGGUGGCAUGACUGUUUUGGGAAAAGUUGCUGUUCCAAAACCUUUAAACUUACCCAGCCAAAGAAACAUUACUUGGUCAUCCUUGAAGGGUUUUCUUUCUCCAAAAUUGGGAGAACUCUCUUCCUUGCAAGAACUAAUUUUGCAUGGGAACAAUCUGAUUGGUUCAAUACCCAAGGAAAUUGGCAUGCUAAAGUACCUAGAGGUCUUGGAUUUGGGAAAUAAUCAACUAUCAGGUCCAAUUCCUUCCGAGCUUGGGAGCUUGACCAGCCUUCUGAAAAUGAACCUUCAAUCCAAUGGGUUGACUAGAAAGCUGCCUUCUGAACUUGGCAAUUUGAAAUACCUUGAGGACCUUCGACUGGAUAGGAAUAAGCUUCAAGGAAACGUUCCUGCAACUAAUAGUUCAGAUUUUACAUCCAGCAUGCAUGGGAUAUCUCAUGUUGACUUUGGUGGAGUCUAUACAGAUUCUGAGAUGUUGAAGGAUGUAUUAAGAUUUAGCAGACAAGAACUCGAAGUAGCAUGUGAAAAUUUCAGCAACAUUAUUGGGUCCUCUCCAGACAGUCUAGUCUACAAAGGGACCAUGAAAGGUGGGCCUGAGAUUGCUGUAAUAUCGCUUUGCAUUAAAGAAGAGCAUUGGACAAGCUAUCUUGAGCUUUAUUACCAGAGAGAGGUAGCUGAUUUGGCAAGAUUAAAUCAUGAGAAUACAGGAAAAUUACUGGGUUAUUGCACAGAGAGUAAACCAUUUACAAGGAUGUUGGUUUUUGAAUAUGCAUCAAAUGGGACGUUGUAUGAGCACCUCCAUUAUGGAGAAGGAUGCCCAUUAUCUUGGACAGGGCGAAUGAAAAUUGUUAUAGGCAUUGCUCAGGGACUCAGAUACCUUCACACACAACUUGACCCACCUUUUACUAUAUCCGAGUUGAAUUCUAGUGCUGUUUAUCUUACAGAAGAUUUUUCUCCCAAGCUAGUUGAUUUUGAAAUUUGUUUCAUUUUCUUUCUCAUGAACUCUCCUGAACUAAUUACCACUGCCAAGGGCAAUCCUAGUUUAGUUCUCACCAACGAGACAGACCAUCAGACACUUCUUGCAAUCAAGGAUUUGAUACAAGGAGAUCCUUUGGGUGCCUUAAGCUCAUGGAAUCAUUCAAUUCACUUUUGCAAUUGGCAAGGAGUCUCAUGCGGUCGUCGACAUCAACGUGUGGCACUGCUAAACCUGUCAUCUCUUGCAUUGGUAGGCUCUGUAUCUCCUCAAAUUGGGAACCUCACCUUCAUUAGGAGGGUUGAUCUAGGUAACAAUAGCUUUCACGGCGAAAUCCCACAAGAACUUGGCAAGUUGUUUCGUUUGUAG